AUGGCCGCGCCCACAGGAAAGGCCCCCGGGGCCAGGAAACAGGGCGGCAAGCCAAAGGCCAAGCCGCAGGAGACCAAAACGCUCAAGCGCAAGAGAGAGCAGGAGGACCUGGCCAAGCUUCAGUCAUCAGUAGACGAGCUGGACCCCAAGAACCCCGAAAACACCAAGUUCUCCAACCUCCCGCUGUCGAUACCGACCUCGAAGGGCCUCGCCGCGUCGCACUUUGAGACGCUCACCGACGUCCAGGCGCGGGCGAUCCCGCUGGGCCUCAAGGGCAAGGACAUCCUGGGGGCAGCCAAGACGGGCUCGGGCAAGACGCUCGCGUUCCUGGUGCCGGUGCUGGAGAAGCUGUACCGGGCGCAGUGGACGGAGCUCGACGGGCUCGGGGCGCUGGUGAUUGCGCCGACGCGCGAGCUGGCGGUGCAGAUCUUUGAGGUGCUGCGCAAGAUUGGGCGGUACCACUCCUUCUCGGCGGGCUUGGUCAUCGGCGGCAAGAACCUGCGCGAGGAGGCCGACCGGCUGGGGCGGAUGAACAUCCUGGUGUGCACGCCGGGCCGGAUGCUGCAGCACCUGGACCAGACGGCGGGCAUGGACGUGGACAACCUGCAGAUGCUCGUGCUCGACGAGGCCGACCGGAUCAUGGACAUGGGGUUUCAGCACGCCGUGGACGCGCUGGUCGAGCACCUGCCCAAGGCGCGGCAGACGAUGCUCUUCAGCGCGACGCAGAGCAAGAAGGUGUCGGACCUCGCGCGCCUCAGCCUAAAGGACCCAGAGUACGUCUCGGUGCACGAGGCCGCCGCCGCCGCGACGCCCUCGACCCUGUCGCAGCACUACCUCGUCACGCCGCUGCACGACAAGAUGGACACGCUGUUUGGCUUCAUCAAGGCCAACCUCAAGAGCAAGAUCAUUGUCUUCCUCUCGUCGGGCAAACAGGUCCGCUUCUUCUACGAGUCCCUGCGCCACCUCCAGCCCGGCGUGCCCCUGCUGCACCUCCACGGGCGGCAGAAGCAGGUCGCCCGGCUGGAAAUCACCUCGCGCUUCGCCGCCGCAAAGUACUCGUGCCUGUUCGCCACCGACGUGGUCGCGCGCGGCGUCGACUUCCCCGCCGUCGACUGGGUCGUGCAGGUCGACUGCCCGGAGGACGUGGACACGUACAUCCACCGCGUGGGCCGCACGGCGCGGUACGAGCGCGACGGCAAGGCGGUGCUGUUCCUGGAUCCGAGCGAGGAAAAGGGCAUGCUGGAGCGGCUGGAGCAGCGUAAAGUGCCGAUCCAGAGGGUCAACGUGCGCGAGAAGAAAAAGGUCACCAUCACCAACGCCAUCCAGGACAUGUGCUUCAAGAACCCGGACCUCAAGUACCUCGGGCAGAAAGCCUUCAUCAGCUACACGCGCUCCGUCCACCUGCAGAAGGACAAGUCCGUGUUCGACCUGUCCAGGCUCGACCUCGACGCGUACGCGGCGAGCCUGGGCCUGCCCGGAGCGCCGCAGAUCAAGUUCCGCAAGGGUGCCGCCGGCGCCGAGGACGACAUCAAGAAGCUCAAGAACGCGUCGCGGCAGCAGCAGCAGCUGUCCAGCGACUCGGAGUCGGACUUUGACGAGAACGGCAACAGGAAGGACAAGAAGAGCAAGAAGAAGAAGGCUGAGGUCCGGACAAAGUACGACCGCAUGUUUGAGCGGACGAACCAGGACGUGUUCACGAGCCACUACAACAAGGUGCUCGGCAAGGAUGGCGACGGCGGCGACGACGACUCGGAUCAGGAUUUCCUGUCUGUCAAGCGUGUCCUACGUGGUGACGACCUGGACGAUGUCACUGGCGACAACAACAACAACAGAAAUAACAACAACAAGAAGCACGACAGCAGCGGCGACGAAGACCAGGAUCAGGGCCACAGUGAUGACGAACAGAACGGCAUAUCACAACAACCAGCUUCCGCGGCCGCGCUCCCCACGGGCGUCAAGAUCAUCCAGGGCCUCGGCGGCGACCAGCCGCUCGUCAUCGACUCGAAGCGGCGCGAGAAGCUGCUCAAGUCCAAGAAGCAGAUGCUGCGCUUCAAGGGCAAAGGAGACAAGGUCGUCUUCGACGACGACGGGGUCGCGCACCACCCGUACCGCCUGCGCGACGAGGCCGACUUCGCGGCCGAGGGCGACGCCGAGGCCCAGCGGCAGAGGUUCGUCGAGGGCGAGGCCGCCAGGGUCAAGGAGGCGGACGUGGACGACAAGCAGACUGUGCGGGACAAGAAGCGCGAGAAGAAGGAGCGGCGGAAGGCGAGGGAGGCGGCCGAGGCGGCGGGCGUGGAGUGGACGGGCGCUGGUGCCGGGAAGAAGGACAAGGGAGGUAAUGUCGUGGUCAGGUUGCAGAGCGACGAUGAGUUUGAGGAUGAGGACCCGCUUGCGCUGCUGCGGUCACUGCCUACGGCUGGCAAGGGCAGAGACAGCGGGGGUGAGGAGGACGAGGAGGACGAGCGGCCGAAGAAGAAGGUCAAGAAGUGGUUCCAGAACGACAGCGACGUCGAGUCCGAUGCCGGCGGCAGGAACAGCAAGUCCAGUACGAGCAAGAAGGGCAAAAAGGGCGCCAAGGUCAUCGAGGUCACCGAGCAGCCGGAUACCCUGGAGGACUACGAGGCGCUGGCUGCUGGAUUGCUGGACGAUUAG